AUGAUUGAGCAAGAAAUGCAAGCCCUUGUUUCAUCAGCAGUCAGAACUCCAUCCUUCUGGGUCUGGGGCAGACAUUUGUUCCGACUACGCCAAGAUAAUGUCAACGAACGAGGGAUUCUGGAGAGAUGCGCGAGGGUCAACGAUACGACACCAAAGGAGGAUGACUGGAAGGUCGUCAUCGACAUUGAUGAAUUGGGCCGGAAAGAGAAUCGCGUCUAUGAAUUUCAUUCGCAUAUGGAGUGUUGCAUCUUUGGCCCUGAUGCAGAUCGUCUUUUACUAAUGCUUUCCGAUGGAGGUUCCGACUUAGUCGAGCUUCGCGAAAUUGAUGCAAGGACAGGCCAUUUGAUCGAUGGUGGAUUUCACACGCCGUCGGGUCGCAUCACCGUUUCUUGGCUGGAUAUCGACCAUAUUCUAAUUAGCCACACAAUAUACGGUGGCCCAAAGACUGCGGGAGACUGGCCCGCGGCUUCUUAUAUUUGGCAGCGUGGAUCAGAUCUCAAGAAUGUCAAGGCAAUUUUCACGGCUGAGCCAACCGACGCAAUCGCAGGUGUUUGCUCGCUCGGUCUUACAGAUAGUGGCCGGGCUAUCAUCAAUCGCGUUGUGGACUUCUCUACAUUUAUCUACUAUAUUGUGUCUCUUGACGGGAGCGUGGAAGAGCUUCCGGGUCUGCCAACAGGUUCAUCCAUGGUGCUUCCCAGGCCUACAACGUCAAAGCACUUGUUCAUCUCCCUAUCCAAAGAAACCGCCGUACGGGGUAGGAUGGUACCGGCAGGCUCCCUAAUUGCCUACGAUGUUUCAACCAAUAAGCCGAGCGAAGAAAGACUGAGCAUUGUAUACGAGCCCGAAGAGGAAGAGGUUAACCUACACCUGUGGAUCAAUGGUUUGCGGGCAAGCAAUUCAAGGGUUCAUUUUGCUAUGAGCAAGAGAGGUGUAGAGAAACGAAUGGUCUUCGAUAACAAAAACGGGGAAUGGCAGCUUGUCCGUAGCGUCCCGACCAGCACCGGCUCCCGUGUCACAAUUGUUGCGGCAGACUGUUACAGUGAUGAUACCAUCAUAUGUGAGUCUGGACUACUUUGUCCUUCGACCUAUUGGCUGGAGGAUGAAGAGGGAAAACAAACCCUACUUUAUGCCGAGAAACCUGCCUUUGAUGCUAGCGAGUUUAUCCUUCGCCAGAUGACAACCAACAGCGAAGAUGGCACCGAAAUCGAUUACCUCGUUUUAUCUCCCAGAGUCCCAAAGCAUGACCAGGGUAAAGCCCCUGUCCUUAUGACUGGGUAUGGUGCAUAUGGUAUAUCAAUGCCUACCUCGUACCUUAACUCUAUGUUGGGGGGGGUUUCUCUUGUCCCAUGGCUCAACAGUGGUGGCUCUCUCGUCAUCCCAUUCAUACGGGGCGGUGGAGAGAGAGGCGAGGCAUGGCAUCAAGCCGCGAGACAGGAGAAGCGUCAGAAGUCAUACGAUGAUUUCAUUGCGGUCGCAGAGACUAUUGUGAGAGAUGGUUUCACCACACCGAAGCAUCUCGGCGUUUACGGUUCGUCCAGUGGCGGCCUCCUCUCUGCCAUAAUGUGCAUUCAACGCCCCAAACUUUUCGGCGCUGUCGUGAGCGAUGUUCCAAUCACCGACAUGUUGAGGUAUACAUUGAUGGGCAUGGGCGGCGCUUGGAUAUACGAACACGGCGAUCCCAAGGAUCCGGAAAUGGCCAAAGUACUAAGAGCAUACUCGCCAUUUCACAACAUCCAGGAUGGGGUGAACUAUCCUCCCUGCCUGGUCACGAUUUCAACCAAUGAUGAUCGCGUCGGCCCCGGCCAUGGGAGGAAAUUUGCCGCGAAGAUGAAAGAUUCCGGAGCGUCGAGCUUUUAUUUCUUUGAAGAUGAUAGUGGCGGCCACUCUGUCAGUGAUUCUUUCAAAAACACCAAACUACUGGUUAGGCGACUCGUUUUCUUCAUCGAAACGCUUCAAUAA